UCUGCCGACCGUGCGGCGCUCCGGCUACACCUGUUGGCUCUUCUACCCUCUCCCGCUACCCUGCCUGCUCUGUGGGACCGGCUCUCAGCCUUCACCUGGCGGAGCAGGAAGCUGUAUGCUCCUUGGUGCAGAGAAACAGAUGAGGAUGGAUAAGAGAUCUCGAAGCUCUUCCAGGGAGUCCCAUAGGAGAAAGAGAGAGUCUCCAGCUACACAGAGGAAACGGGAGAAGAGGGAGAGAAGCAAAGAAGCCAGCAAAGAAAUAGGAGAUAUAAGGCAGGAGAAAACAAAGGAGAUUAAGAGCACUGUAGGCACUGAUGGUAGGGUGCACACAUCCACAGUGGUGGAUGUGGAUGAUGUGAUAUCUGAUGAAGAAAUGGAGGCAAUGAUGUUGCUGGACAGCGAGCAUCAAGAAGAAGGUAUGAAGUCUCCCGGUCUCAACAUCUGUGAGUGGCUUCUGACUAUAUUGUCUUUCCUGUUCAUCGUAAUGACUUUCCCCAUUUCUGUCUGGUUCUGCAUGAAGGUAGUGCGGGAGUAUGAGAGAGCCAUUGUUUUCCGGCUUGGGCAUCUCCUUCCUGGCAGGGCCAGAGGGCCUGGUCUUUUCUUUUUCCUUCCCUGCCUGGACACAUAUCACAAAGUGGACCUCCGCCUCAAAACCCUAGAGAUCCCCUUCCACCAGGUGGUGACUAAAGACAUGGUUACACUGGAGAUAGAUGCUGUCUGCUAUUACCGUUUGGAGAACGCCUCUCUUCUCCUCACCACCCUCACCAGCAUCUCCAGUGCCAUCCAGCUGCUGGUGCAAACCACCACAAAGCGCCUCCUGGCACAUCGAGCCUUCUCUGAGCUUCUGUUGGAGAGAAAGAGCAUCAGCCAGGAGAUAAAGGUGGCUUUGGAUGCGGUCACAGGCUGCUGGGGGAUCAAAGUGGAGAGAACAGAAAUCAACAAUGUGCAGCUGCCUGCUGAAGUCCAGCAGUCCUUGGCCGUGGAAGCAGAAGCCCAGAGGCAGGCCAAAGUGCGGGUGAUUGCUGCUGAGGGGGAGAAGGCGGCUUCUGAGUCCCUGCGGAUGGCAGCUGAGAUCCUGUCCAGUGCCCCUGCUGCUGCUCAGCUCCGUUACCUUCAUGCACUGCACUCCCUUGCUGCAGAGAAACCUGCUGCCUUCAUCUUACCCUUACCUUUGGAUCCCACAAAUCUGGUUUCUCCAGCUACCCGCAGCCCUCCAGGAGUGAGCAGCAUCAUCACAGACACCUCACAGCUCCCAGAAAGCGUGAAAGACAAGAAGGACUCACCCAUGCUGUAAGAGUUCUCCCAGAAAUAGUUGCUAUAAGCACUGGUUAAUCCUGCUCAGAGAGGAGCAAGAUGGCUGAUCUAUGGGGAGCCCAACAGCAGGUACUGGACUGGAGACAGGAGGGAAGGCAGCCCAGACCUGUAAUAUAAAAGUAGAUUGUACAUGAAAGAAGCUUCUGCUUGUUUUGGAAAGGGAAAAGUAUGGAGCACAAUAAGCAGUGUUGGUGCAUAUGUGAGCAGGGGACCGAGGGAGAAGUAUCAUCCCUUCCCUUUCACAUCAGCUGAUACACCUUGACACAAAAGAUCCCUGGGAUCUGAUCUGUCCUACCCUCAUCACAUUGGCAGGAAAGCCUGAUAGCUUCCAUAUGUUUAAACACCCCCAUCUCCAAACGAACAGCCUGUCACACAUCAUUUGUUACAGGGAAAAAUCCACAGUGGGAUAAAAGAGGCAGGCACAGGUUGCCUCCUAGAAGGGAAUAUCUUAUCAGAGGGCAUUGUUUUCCAGUGUCCUUACACUCAGGCUUUUGGGGGUUUUCCCUUUCACAAUCUUGGCUGAAAAAGCCUUUUUAUUUUAUUUUAUUUUAUUUUAUUUUAUUUUAUUUUAUUUUAUUUUAUCUUUUAAAUAAAAGCAAGUCCUGCAGCUGGGUGGUAAACAAAGCCAAGGCAGAAGUUCUUGGAUAGGAACAUGUUCCUCUUCACAGCCCACCUCUGUGUGCUGCAUCCUGAGAAACUGGGAGCGGUUGGGUGCUACAGAUGGGAGCUUUGCUAAGGUGCCUUUUCCUCUGUGUGAAUUGAUGGGGGAAAGACAACAGCCAGGCAGGUGGGGUGGGAGCCUUGACAAAUGAGGGAAAUUGGAAGGGGCUUAGCAGGUAAUUACAUGCAGGUAAUUUGGUAGGUGCUGCCAACCUGGUUCUCCUGUGACAAGAGAAUGAGCCAGGUCUUGUCCAUGGUGCACUGGAUAUAAGAUUUCAGUUGCCA